UCCUACUCUCCUAUCCCGGAAUCCGCCGCCGCCCCCCAUCCUACCCGCCCCGCCGGCGACCGACGCCGGAAGACGCGGCUCAAGUGUGCUCCUCACUCCUCCUAUGGCGGGGAGCAGCGAGAGCGAGUACUACUCGGAAGAGGAGGAGGAGGGGGAUGACCUGGGAUGGGAGGAUGAUGGUCUCGCGAGCGAGGACGAGGAGGAGGCGAGGGAGCGGGCGCUCAAGAGUCUGGACGGCCUCGCCAAGCGCGGGGUGUGCUACCUCAGCCGCGUCCCCCCAAACAUGAACCCGUCCCACGUCCGCCAGAUGCUCUCCAAGUACGGCGAGGUGCAGAGGAUUUACCUCGUUCCUCAAGGUCAGGGUCAUCGCAAGCACACUACUGUUCGAGCUAAGGCGUACACUGAAGGGUGGAUUGAAUUUUCCAAGAAAAGUGUUGCCAAGAGGGUGGCUAAUUUACUUAACGGUGAACAAAUAGGUGGGAAGAAGAGGUCUCCCUUUUUUUAUGACAUUUGGAACAUAAGGUAUCUCAAGAAAUUCAAAUGGGAUGAUCUUGUUGGUGAAAUAGCUGAGAAGACUCAUAUCAGGGAGCAGAAACUAAGCUUGGAGAUAGCAGCUGCAAAGAAACAACGUGAUCACUACCUGUCGAAUGUCGAGAAAUCUCGUACUUUGAAACAUAUUCAGGAACGCAGGAAAAAGAAGCAGAAGACGGAAGGAGCAGAAUUCAAUGAAGUUCGAGAAGAAAAAAAUGCGCGCCCAAUUCCUCAAAAGAAACCAGUUGAGGAGACAGAUGCCAAAAUGAAACCAAAGCUUCCAAAGGAUAUUUUAGCCGGAGUAUUUGGUGGUCCAUCGUGAAUUCAUGAUUGCCUUUCACCCAUUACCUUGGAUCGGAGUAUAGCAAACUGAAUGGAGUUGCACUGAGAUAAUCAUGUUCUUCAUUGUCUGCUUCACUUUUGUAGAUUAGGUCAUGCUCUUAGAUUCCUACCUUCUACUUUGAGCAUCUUUUCAUAUUUAUGCUGUGCUAGGGCCUAGGGGAGGUUUUGGGACCUGACGAUGCAAGAAUGAUUGGGCUAUUUUCAGUGUCAUGUGAAUUCUCCCCUGUUUUCUCGGCAACCAUGCUGUAAUGCUGAAACAGAACUACACUGCUGUAGGCUUCUAACUUGAGGCAAUACAGUAAUACAAGGCUGGUACCAGCUGGUCUCUUUUGUGUCAU